AUGAGUUACGAAUGCAUAUCUGAUUCAGAAGAAGAAGAAUCGUCUCAUUUGGUGAUCUCACCACAACUCUUGGAGAACAAUUUGCAUACACUAUCACCAAACAAGCGCUCCACCACUAGAGAUCGACUACGGCAAUACCUCCAACAAAAUGCAUCCGUGCAAGAGCAGUUAAUCGAAGUGAAUCCACCAGUAUCUGAUAUACUGCUGAGUGAAUUACCAACGGUAACCAUGAUACCAUCACACCAUUCACCACAGACAACGGAACUAGAUGAAGACAGCCACCAUUUGCAAACAUACAUCAACUCACGAGCCACAUCCACAAGAAGGGGACUACGCAAACGGAAUUUUGCAAGCACACAUCCCUACCUCUCUGAUCAAGCCCACUACUUGGGUCUUUGUGACAUAUCCUAUUUGAAUGAACUAUACGAUGAAAACAACCAGGACUUAGAUGUCAUUGUCAAAUAUUUGAAUUACAACUAUAUGAAAAUGAAGGAACGUUAUCGCGGCGAUGAGAAAUACCGACACAAGAACUUUUACACAAUCUUGGGAAGAGGACUAAACAGCUUGAGAACGGAAGAGAAUCAAGGAGAGACAUACCAUGACACCCAAGUAGAAUCCCAACUGGAGACCCAAUGGCAUAAAGAACAGGAUAGCAUUCUGGGAUUCAUGAAUGACUUGUUUAGUGACAGUGACCAGGAUAAUUACAGCCAGAGUGAAGACAGCGAUCUUGAGCCUAUACCGACACAUAAACACCAUUCACUUGUAAUAGAAGACGACGAAGAACAACUGGAUUCCGAGUUAAGCGAUUCAGAUGCUUUAGUCAGAGUAGGUGGCCGAAUUAGAAAGGAAAAGAGUAUUCUAAGAGGUGCAUUACCUGAAUCAGCAAAACGUUUAAGCAUAUAUAAAGCACCGGCAUAUAAACGAAAGACCAAAUCCACCCCAAAACAAAUGGAUUAUCGAAAAGGAAUGGCAAUUCGGAAGAGUGCACCCAAACAUAGAAGUAUACCCGAAUUCACGGGGUUUGUGGAUGAUUCAAUAACUUAUGAUACUUCUAAUGAGUUAUAUCAUGAACUUUACAAUCAACCUGAGGAUGAACCAAUAUUGGAGAGGCUUGAAUCAGAUCCACCUUCCAUGUACGAUGCCGUAGUUCUUUCAGAAAGCUCAUCAUCAGAUAAUGAAAGUGGUGAUGAAUCAGAUAUAUUUGAAUACGGACAUCCCGAUAUAGACACCCAUACAGAUGCAAUUGACUUAACUAAUAUAACAGAUGAUGAAUUUGGCGAAGUUCAAGAACGAGAUUCCAUAAAUAUGAUGUUGGCUACUGGCGAAAGAAGACAUGGACCUAAUACAAAGAAGAAACAUAGGUCCACACAAUCGACAUUACCUACAGCAUACAGACCACCAACUUAUGGUUCAUCAGCGAAUACUUCGUCAGCACAUACUUCGUCAGCAUAUGGGUCAUCUUCGACUGUUCGAAACGCUACCAACAAUACAUCACGGAAACGUCUUAAUUCAUCCCAUCUGCUGUCUACACUGACCAAAACUCGAAAGCAAAAUCCCCAAAGUUAUGGACGUUUGCAAGUCAAAUCCAUAUCACCAGCAACGAAUCAACGGAAAAAGCACAAAUCACAAAAGAAGAACGGCAUAAUUGAUACUUAUCUUUCAAAGAACCCCAAGGAUUUGUUUGCUAAUGAUUAUUUAUUCCUGAGACAACCUAUAUUAUCGACCACAACCAUUGAAGCAGAAAGUGAAACGCGAUUUGUUAAAGAACCAAUCCAUAGUGGAGAACGAAAUCAUAACAAUAAUUCCCUAUCAAAGCCUUUAUUGAACAGUAUUGAUUUAGCAAAGAUCAUAGAAUUGGCUCAGGGGAAAUCAUACACUCUUGCCAAGGAUACAGUUAAUAUCACUUUCCUCAACGAGACAUACACAUUAUCAUUAGUUGACAUUCAGAGAUCAACAUCCACCAACGAAAGACUACUAACUCAAUUAGCAAAGACUACCAAGUCUUUCAAUGUCCCACUAGAAUUAUUUUCACAAGCAGUAAGUGAAUGUAUAAAGGGUCUAAUUGAAUGGGCACUAGUUCUCCAAAGAUCAUUUUCCACGAGAGAAUGGAAACUAUUAGAUAUUUGCUACAAUUCCCUUGUUAAACUGGUGGUUAUUCCAAUACUGUUUAAACUACAACAUAUGCCCUAUUUUAUGCUAUUGUAUUACACAGUAUCGAAUAUUGCUUUGUUCCAAGGUGGAUCGCCAGUUGAUCUUAAUGACUUUAUCAAACGAUACGCACAACUGUAUUGGAAAUUGUAUUUUGACAGAUUUUCAAUUUAUGAAACAUUUGAUGAAGAUGAAUCUUUUACUGUCCAUUGUAUGCUUGUAAAUAGGAACCUAUGGUGGGAAAGUAUCGUAUCAACUUUACAAAACUAUGAUUCUCCCAAUUCAUCAACUCUUUUAGAACCAUUGUUUCAAUUAUGUUCCAACACCAACAACAAAGGGUACUCAUGGGUUCCAGUAAGCAUAUUAUUUGACAAACAUGACAAUUCCACAAACAUAGAUUUCUGCUAUCGGUAUAUUGAAACUAUAUACAUGUUGAACCAAAGAAAGGAUUGGCCAAUUGAUGAAAAAGUGAUUUUGCAAAUAUAUCGCUCGAUUGCAGCACGAAAGUUUGCCAACUUCACUGAUGAAAUCGAAGUGCCUGAUUUGCUAGGACGUGUGCGUACUAGGUAUGACAUCCCUGAUUCCUCUUUCUUUGAACGAUUCAUGCAGUUUUUGUAUUGGUAUGUAUCGGGAAUCUCGCAUGCGCAAACUGUCAAGAAAUUGAUUACCAAAUUGUUUAUUUCUAGUAAGUUUCAAUAUGUCAAUGAUAAGACCCAUCGGGUAAUGUUUAUCAACCGACUUAAUUUUGUGGUUUUGCUAUCACAGUUGUCAAACAGUGUUGAUUUGGGGAAUCAAAUAUGUGGACUUUUUGAAGCAAUUGAACAGCCCAAGGAUGUAGAGUUGUUUAAAUUGGGAAUGAGCUCAUUGAUUGUUCUUUGCCAAGUUGCCGUUUCUACCCAUAGUAAACUCCCAAUUGAUGCCAUGGUCAUAUUCAUAAAGUUUUGUGUUCACAACUUCUUUACUGUUUCUGGUACAUUCAGACUAUGGAAUCGAUUCAUUCAUUUGUUUAAAGAUAAGAUCGUCAAGAAUUUGAAUGCUAACCAAAUGAUUCAGGUAUUGGGACUUUCCAAGGGAUUGCAUAUUGAUAUGCCCGACCUUAUAUGGCAAGAUCUUCUCGAGAUGUUUGCCCAUAUAUGUCCUGUAUCAACGCCAGUUUCUCAAACUUGCAAGGUUAUUCAAGGAUUGGUUGACUUGCUUGAACGAGUAUUGCACCGACAAAUGGGGCGAAUCCCACUUCCUAGUCUCCAAGAGGAGACCAGGGUCUGUACACUAAUCGAAUCGUGCAUUGCUAACUGGAUCAAGUUCUCUGCAUUACUUCCCGGUACAAAUUGGGAAAAAUUGGUGCUUCAGACAUUUCCAUACACUGGUAACCAUGCCCUGAGGGAGAAGUUCCUGAUUUACUUCUACUUCAAUGUGUUGCAGUAUCACAAUCUCAAAGGAUGUCAAGAAUUAGUCGGUCGUUGCGUUAUACGGGAAUUAAUGUUGUAUAAUCCUUCGAAAUACUUGAGUUCGAUAUUGAAGGUGCUUGAACGGGAAAAGUGGGGGCUUUUUGCCUUGCUGAAUGAAAUCGAUGUACGAUAUUUGAUCCAGCAUUCACGGCAUAUAAUUGUGAACAACAUCAUUGACAACUUGUCCAAGUCAAGAAUGAAGAGUCUGGAAAAGUUGAGGUAUGUGAACGAAAUUCAAAAGGUGGUCAACUCUGAGCUUGACAAGUACUAUUCAUGUAAUUGGUACAAGGAGUUUUGCGUUCGGGUGGUCAAAUGCAUCCAGAUUCAGUGUCAAGAUUUCAUUGACGAUGCCACGGGAAAACUGUUGUCUUCUCUAUCUAGCAAAUUAGGUAUUCUGCAAUUGGAAUUGAGUCAAUUCAAAAUCCACAAGAUGCCAAUAUUGGACAAGUUACGUAUGUUUCAUAUUGACUUUGUGAAUGCGGUACAUUUCGGCAGAGACGUUCUAGAAAUAUUGGACAAAUUUGUCAUGGGUGGGGUGGAUGUAUUGUAUCAUCUAAUGAGCGUGUACCUUGAGGCUAUAUCAGCUAGGCAGUAUGACAAAUGGAAGUUGGUGUAUGAAUUGUUAAAGUAUUUUGACACCAAUUAUCAAGAAUGUCAGGGUUGAUGAUAAUGAAAUUACAUGGUUUAUUAUUGAAAGCAACCGAUUAAUACUAGCAAUACUUAGGCAUUGCUUUCUCAUCUUUGAAGGAUAUAAAGACAUGCAAAUUUUACGAGAAAUUACUCAGACAUAUCUACAAAUAAAUCAAGGUGGUGAGCAAGUGGUUAACUUCUAUUCACACUAUACAUACUACGAAAUUGCCAAUGGACAAGACCCUGUCCUGCAUCAUCUGAAUCAUAUCCAUGAAGAAACAAUAGUCGAAGUUGAAUCUCGUUUCUAUGCUGAAUUACAUGAAAUAAUGAUGAUAAAUAUAACCCCGGAAAACGUUAGGUUACCCGAUUAUGAAUAUACGUUUUAAAGCAUCCCUCGUUGACUCUUGAUCAAGUUUAUUUCCGAUUCUAAUUUAUCUUUAGCCUUCUUGACUUCUAAUAAAGCAACCACUGUCCUUAUUAAUUCGUCGUAGCGAGACAUGGUCUUUCGUGUAGGCAUUACUGGCUUCCAAGCAGUGCCUCCACCGGUGGGGAUAUCCAAUUCCUGUAACACUUGAUUGACUGAUUUCAACGUUGAUUGCUUUUGGUUCAAACUUGGUAAUUUUUGUGUAGAUCUUAACACCACACCAGGAGUUAAUUUCUCAUUGCCGUGAUAGUGCAACCCGUAUGCCUCUUCUUCCUUUUGGGUCAAUCUCUUGGAUAACAUUUGCUGAAUCGCACUUGCUUCUUGCUUAAUUGCCGGGUUAGUGUGAACAUUUUGUUUCAAUAAACUGGACAAGUACUGUUGUAAGUGAGUUUGAAACACCUUAUCCUUCUUGAAUGAAGACGAUGCCGCCAUGGGAAUAGGUGGAGGAAUAGGUUCGCUGGCCUUUUGUUGUUGUAAUUGAAGUUGUUGGGCUUGUUUUUUCUUUUGGUGUUUAUCAAAAAUCAUCAAGUUGUUAUACAAGUUAGCCAAUCCUUGUGAAGAUUGAUAUUGUGACGAGUUUUGCGUGGAUUGAGGAGAAUCCAAGAGGGUUAACAAAUUGGAACGUUCAAUCAACAUCUUCUUGGCUGCCAAUUCGAAUCUCCUUGCUUCAAUAACUAAUGAUUCUUCUUCGGCGAUUUCGGCUGGGGUACGUUUCAACAAGUUCUCCAAGUAUUGUUUACGUUCAAUUUCUCGAGGCUUGGAAUAAGCCUUGAGGGAUUCUAUUAAUGAACUUUGCGAGGAGUCACGUUUGGAUUGUAAAAUCUUGAUGCAAAGACGAUAGAAGUGUUCUUUCAAGUCUUCACAUGUACGAACAUUGUUGUAAUUGUAUCUGUCAUAAAUUAUGGGCCAUUUAAGUUCAAAUGCUUUACACAAUUCAAACAAGUAGUUUGUUUCUUCGUAUGUCCAUUCCAAUUCUUCAUCCUCAAUUGGUUCAUCCUGUUUGGCUUCUUGUUCUUUGGAAGCAGAUUUCUCACGAGCUUCUGUUUGAUCAUCUGCUUUAUCCUCCUCAGUUUUCUCAUCUGAUUUCUCUUUCUCCUCGGGCUUAUCGUCUUCUUUUUUGAUAUCUACAACCUCUGGUUUAUCCUUGUCGUCUUUCUUUUUCUGAUCCUCUUUCUCCUUUG